AUGGGAAAGCAAGAAAAAGUUACCAUGAGAGAGAAAGACGAGUUAGGCCAGCACUGAGGGCCUCUCGCCAUCCUGUACACACACCUGAGGCAACUAUGACUGUGCGAUCGUCAGUGAGUAAAACAAUCCGCAACAGAAGUUCCAUUGGCAGGUCCUUCCAACCAGUCAUAACUGUUCCUGUCCCCUUCAUCGCUAUCCCACUGGCGAGCAUAAGGUUCUGAAACCAGAAAUCCAAAUCGCUCUUUUCCAACCCUCCUUCAACCAUAUUCAGUUAUGUAUACGGCCUAA